AUGUGCAAUCACCUGGACGACGGCAGCCGUCGGCGCGUGGUGCUGGCGCUGCAGGCGGUGCUGUCGCGGCUGCAGCGGCUCGCGGCGACGGAGGGCAGUGCCGCGCGGCACGUCUUCGUGUGCCCGGAGUGCGGGCAGGUGGUCCGGACGCGGACGCACCGGUGCGACCAGGAGCACGCGUUCGUACUGGACACGCGGCACAAGCUGCUGUAUUGCUUCGAGUGCAGGGACAUCGUGUACGACCGUGAGCUCGACAGGUACGUCCAGGGCGUGAUGUACUUGGCGUCGGGCCGCACGCUGCCAGCGCUCAUGCUGGGCGCGGGCAGGGAGGCCUCGCCGCAUCGCAAGCGGCGGAGGCUCGACGACGCCGACAAGUUCGCGGACAAGGCCGCCGCGUUUCCGGCAGACAGCACCGGCAAGGCGGCCCCAGGCGACGCCCCCAAGACACCGGACCCCGCGCAGCCCGCCGACGCCCGGCGCGCCGCCGCAGCGGACGCCGUCUCGCUCGGCGCCGUCCGCCGCCCGCACCGCCCGCCCGCGGGCGUCCGCGGCCUCGUCAACCUCGGCAACACGUGCUUCAUCGCCAGCGUGUUGCAGGCGCUGCUGCACGCGCCGACGGUGCGCUCGUUCUUCCUCGGGGGCGCGCACCCGCGCACGACGUGCGCGCGCCUCCGCCUGCGCCGCGCCGUGGACCUCGGGGGCGGCGUGCCGCCGUGCAUGGCCUGCGAGGUGGAGGCGCUCUUCAGCCAGAUGCUCUCGCCCGACGGACACGAGCCGGUCGCCCCGGCGGCGCUCGUGACCGCGUGGUCCAAGGUCUGGCCCCGCGUGAGCGCCAACGACCAGCAGGACGCGCACGAGUUCUUCCUCGCGCUCAUCAGCGAAAUGGUCGAGGCCGACACCGACGCCCUCAAGGUGUCCGCCCGGAUCGACAAGGGCCUCGAACCCGACCUCCCGCAGCUCCCAGCCCCCGGAGACCCCGCACCCCCGGCCCCCGCCCCCGCACCACCGCACCGCCCGGCGCCGGCCGCGCCCCGCAGCCGCCCCCCGGCCGCGCGGCGGCAGCCGCGGCGGCAAAGGCGGCGCGGGGCGGCGCGUGGCGCGCGGCGGCCGGGCUGA